CAAAAUCACAAAUUGCUCAAAAUCAAAAGCACGUACGAAGAAGAGAAAAGAUGUCGCUGUCUUUUUCACAAACGAAGUUACUGGUAAUCCUUGUGGCCUUUGCAUGCGUCUUCUCAACAGGCUCAGAGGCAUGGAGCUGGAGUUGGAGCUCCGGUUCAGGCUCAGGCUCGGGUUGGGAAUCCCACGGCUCAGACGGAUCAGCCUCAGGUUCGGGUACAAACCCUGAUGGUUCGCACUGGAGUUGGAGGUGGGACACACGGUCAGGCUGGAGAUGGAGGUCAGACUCAAACCAUACGAAGCCAGGCUCAUCGAACCAUAACGUUACGAAGCCUGAAGGCUCAUCAAAUCAUAACGUUACUAAGCGAGGCUCAUCGAACCAUGACGUUACGAAGCCAGGCUCAUCGAACCACAACCAUAACGUUACAAUGCCAGGCUCAUCGCACCAUAACCAUAAUGAAACGAAGCCAGGCUCAUCAAAACAUAACGAUUCGAGGUCAGGCUCAGACGAUAAUGAUUCAAGCAACCCGGUCUUUGCAACACCAAGAGAGGUCGUAGUGGGAGGAUCACGUGGAUGGAACUACGGGGUGGAUCUUGAAGAAUGGGCUUCCAAGACUACUUUCCAUGUCGGCGAUGUUCUUGUUUUCGAGUACAACAAUAUGACAAACCAAAGACAUGACGUGUACUUGCAAACAAAUCUGUGGAGUUACAGGACCUGCAACUUCGAAAGUAGAAAUAAGAUUGCUUCAUCGGAGGAGAAUGGAUCUAAAGAGAGCUUCAAAUUUACGCUAGCAAUGUCACAGCCUUACUCUUUUGCAUGCGGAGAGAAUAAUGGCUAUUAUUGCCGUACCUAUAACAUGAAGUUCAGCGUUCUCCCAGUCGCCUGAGUCCUCUCGUCUAUCCGACUCAACCCUUUUGCCUCUUUUGCUUUUUCUUUUCUUAAUGCAAUAUUAUUAGAGUUUCUAUUUUUUAUUAGUUACGGUUUUCUUAUUAC